UUGAGCUGCCAACGACUCAAGUGGUCGGCUGAGAAGGAAAGCGGGGCCUCCCUGGCGGGUCCGGGGGCGGUAGCGACCCCGCGGAACGGGGUUUUCGGUGCUUCCGGAACCAGCAUGCACCCCAAGGCCUCCGAGCCUGUGGCCGACGGGCCGGCGGAGCAGGGCUGCGCGCAGGAGCCGGGCGUGGAGGAGUCGGCGGGCGACCACAGGGACGCAGGCCCGGGGGGCCGCAAGGAAGAGAUCAAUGAUCCUCAGGAAACUUGCGCGGGUCCUUCUGACACAUCCUCCCCAAGCGAGCAGAAACAGAGUGGCGACAGCCGGUCAGACGGUCGCUUAGCACACCAGAGAAAUGACAAGGAAGACCAUGGCCCCAGAAUGACUAAAAGUUUUCUGCAGAAACUCUGCAAGCAGCACAAGCUUUAUAUCACCCCAGCACUGAACGACACGCUGUAUUUACAUUUUAAAGGUUUUGAUCGCAUUGAGAACCUGGAAGAGUACACUGGGCUGCGUUGUCUCUGGCUGGAGUCCAACGGGAUCCAGAGAAUCGAGAACCUCGAGGCCCAGACGGAGUUGCGUUGCCUCUUCCUGCAAAUGAACCUGCUUCACAAAAUCGAGAACUUAGAGCCUCUCCAGAAGCUGGAUGCCCUCAACCUGAGCAACAAUUAUAUCAAGACCAUCGAAAACCUCUCCUGCCUGCCGGUCCUCAACACCCUCCAGAUUGCCCACAAUCACCUAGAGACGGUGGGAGACAUUCAGCAUCUAAAGGAGUGUUUGAAACUGUGCGUCCUUGACCUUUCCCACAAUAAGCUGAGUGAUCCGGAAAUCCUGAGCGUCCUGGAGAGCAUGCCUGAUCUGCGUGUACUGAAUUUGAUGGGAAACCCCGUUAUCAGACGCAUCGCUAACUAUCGAAGGACAGUCACUGUUCGACUAAAACAUCUAACGUAUCUGGAUGACAGACCAGUUUUCCCAAAGGACAGAGCUUGUGCAGAGGCCUGGGCCAGGGGCGGGCUCGAGGCUGAGAGACAGGAGAGAGAGCAGUGGGAGAGCAGAGAGCGGAAGAAGAUCACCGACAGCAUCGAGGCCCUAGCGAUGAUUAAGCAGCAGGCGGAAGAGAGAAAGCUGCAGCAAGCCGGCCGGAAGGAAGGGGCGGAGGCGGUGCCAGCCGGGAAGGACAAGGCGGAUGCCACCGUGGAAGGGCCGGGAGAGCCUGGUGAGGAGGGAGGCAGGCGGCAGAGAAUGGAGCUGUUUGUCCGGGAAAGCUUUGAGGCCAAGGAUGAGCUCUUCCCGGAACAGCGGAGUCUCAUAGAGGAGCUGCCCGGGGAGGCCAACAGAGGCGCUGAAGACCAGGGGCCAGAGGGGGCGCCCCCGGAGGAGGCCCCGAAGCCGGCCGCCCCCAGAGCUGCCUGUGAAGAGUCAGCGCCCCAGACUGUGGCCACUGACGGUGCGUUAGGCACAGGACCUGGCGGAGACGAGGAUCCGGACACCAUGAGACCGGAGGCCCGGGAGCAGCUCCUCAUCCAUGACCUGCCCGACUUGGAGGACGUGGACGCCGGCGAGCCUCUGGACGGCCAGGACCAGGUGUGCGUCACAAAGGUUACAGCCAUCUCGGGCUCCAGCGAUGACAGCGACCCUGAGCUGGACUGCGCCUCACUCCCAGUGCUGGGAAACACCCCAGACGCCCUCUCAAGCAUAUUCGCGGUCCCCAAGGGCGCCUCGAGGAAGGCUGAGACGCCCUUUGCGCACAUAGUUCAAGCAGCAGCAAAGGGGGGCUCGGAAGCCCAAAGUAGAGACACCGCGUCCCCACGCCCGCUGAUUCAGGAGCUCCACGACGAGGCGCCCCAGAUGUCCCCAACCUGCCAAGAGGGCGCCACCCAUCCCCCUUCCAGUGACAGGGACAGUGACCUCCUUUCAGCCUCUCCCCCAGGAAACAUUGCCGAGAACGAGCCACAGUCGGGGACAGAGCCUGCGGAGCCCGAGGCAGGAGACAGCCGCAACGACAUUGAAUUUGGCUUGGACUGAACCCCAAGGUGGGCCUUCCACCCCUAGACUAACAUGGAUGGUGAAGCCGUGACCAGGGCCCCCGGUGGGUGCAGCCCCCCACCCCGGCCUGGUUCCCCUUUCUUCCAACAAGCUGCACUUCCUGAGGGCGCCGGGGCCUCGGCUGCCAUGUGGGCCUGUCGCACGGCUCCUCCCACACCAGUGCCCCCCCAAGUGCCGUCCCCGUCCCCCGUGGUGUAGGCUGUGUAACCGCGAGCGGCUCCUGAGAGCAUUACAGACGCACCAGGACCCGCC